GUUGCGUGCGGUAUGUAUUUAAUGGAGUCCCCGUCCCCCCUUUUUUUUCGGAAUAACCUGGUUUAGCAAACAGCACAUGUAUAUGUAUUUAACUAACUGGGCCCGUACAGACAUUCCCGCCCAUGUUUACCAGGCCUCCUUCGAGCCCAACCCGAAUUGGACGCAGUUCUAUGCAUCAGGAGGGGAGAUUCUCGAGUACUGGAAAGGUAUCGUGGACAAGUACGACGUGAGGAAGUAUAUGAAAUUGAGUCACAAGAUUAUCGAGGCAAGAUUCAACGACGCCGACUCGAAAUGGCAUGUCAAGGUUGAGAACUGCCUCACCGGCGAGGUCGUCGAGGACACAUGCGACGUCCUCUACGCCUGCAUUGGCUCCCUCAACGACUGGCACUGGCCCGACAUCCCCGGCCUCCACUCUUUCAAGGGCAAGCUCCUCCACACGGCCGCGUGGGACCAGGAUUGGGACCCUACCGGCGCCUCUGUCGCCGUCAUCGGGUCGGGAUCGAGCGCCAUCCAGGUCGUCCCCGCCAUCCAGCCAAAGGUCAAGCAUCUCGACAACUACGUCCGCGGACAGGCCUGGAUCGCGCCUCCCGUUGCCGAGGCCGAGGUACGCAAGCACACUCUCACCGAGUCCAACUUCAAGUUCUCCGCCGACGAGCUGCGGGAUUUCAACGAGAGGCCAGAGGCGCUACUGGCCUACCGCAAGAUGCUAGACAGCGAGAUCCAGUCCAUGACCAAGGUCACCCUCCGUGGCAAGCUCGCAGACCAGGCGGCCGAAGCCUUCACCAAGAACAUGAGCGCCAAACUGGCCAAGAAGCCCGAGAUUCUCGACAAGAUCCUACCUUCCUUCACCCCGGGCUGCCGGCGCAUCACCCCCGGGCCGGGCUACCUCGAGGCCCUGACCGAGGACAACGUAUCGUUCGUCUCGGACGCCAUAUCGCAAGUGACCGAGGAGGGGAUCGUCACCACCGACGGCACCGUCCGGAAGGUGGACGCCAUCAUCUGCGCCACGGGCUUCGACACCUCCUUCACGGGGCGGUUCCCCAUCAUCGGUUCCGCCGGCAUCGACCUGGACGCCAAGUGGCGCGACUACCCGGACACGUACAUCGGCCUGUGCACGCCGGGCUUGCCCAACUUCUUCAUCGCCCACGGGCCCAACGCCGGCCUGGGCGUCGGGUCGGUCAGCAUCGUGCUGGAGCGGACGUGCGACUACGUGUGCGCCGUGGUGGCCAAGAUGCAGCGCGACCGCAUCGCCACCAUCCAGCCUCGGCGCGACGCCACCGACGCUUUCGUUGCCUUCUGCGGGGAGUAUUUCUCCCGCACCGUGUUCUCACUGCCGUGUCGGUCGUGGUACAAGCGCGGCACCGUCGACGGGCCCGUCACGGCGCUGUGGCCCGGCUCGGCGCUGCACUUCGUCAAGACGCUGGAGAGGCCGCGGUUCGAGGACUACGAGUACACUUAUGUCGAGGGGAACCCCGUCGCGUGGCUCGGGAACGGCUUCACUGUGUGCGAGAGGGAUGCCAAGUCGGACAAGUCCAAGUACCUUGAUCCUGAGAGUAUCGAUUAUCCGUCGAUAACUGUCCCAUCCGCUUGAGAGUCGAAGCUUGUUGAGAUAUGUCGGUGUUAGAAAUAUUUCGUGGCCCAAAUAGAAUCUUCCUUGUUACGCCCACCCGAAGGGCUCUAAGUUCCCUUGGACAUGCGUUGUGUUCUCUGUGCGUUCUUCCAUUGUCCUGUUCUGAUUACCCCUCCUACCUCCACUUACGUGGCCGAGGCACUUGACGGUGCCAAUGGUAGCUGAGGCUGAAUUGCGGCGGAAGGGGGUCUGUACUGCGCCUAGACCCUAGUCAGGGCACGCAGGUGCUGCGCUAGCAGGAGACCGCUC